GCCUCGACGAUCUUCGUGGCCGCCGACGCAUCGCCAGACGUGCUCGAGCACAUGUCCCCCUUGGAACGAAGGCGCCACCGCGUGGACAAGAGCCGCAGCCCAUCGAAGAAGCUGCAAGUCACGAUGAUGACUCCCGUCUCGUUCUUCAGAUCUCAGAUGUCGGCUUCGGCUUAUGA